CCCUCGCAGCGAUCAAACGAGGGUUUUGGGGCGAAGCGGAGCGGAGGAUCUGAGCAAUGGCUUUUGCCAAGAAAAUUGGCACUCUCUUUAAACAAACUUUGAAUUCCAACCCUUCAAUUUAUCAGGCUAUAAGAUGCAUGUCAUCUUCAAAAGUGUUUGUUGGAGGGCUUUCAUAUUCGACUGAUGAUAAUCGCUUAAGAGAAGCAUUCUCUAGCUAUGGUGAAGUAGUUGAAGCUAGAGUAAUCAUGGAUCGUGAAACAGGCAGAUCGAGAGGAUUUGGUUUUGUGACUUUUGAAUCUGGUGAAGAGGCUUCUGGAGCCAUUAGUGGAUUGGAUGGAAAGGAUUUGGAUGGGCGACUGAUAAGAGUGAACCAUGCUAAUGAUCGGACGGGCGGCUUCCGUGGCGGUGGCUAUGGCGGUGGUGGUUAUGGUGGAGGUGCUGGCGGCUAUGGUGGUGGCGGCGGCGGUGGCUAUGGUGGCGGUGGCUAUGGCGGUGGUGGCAGCUAUGGUGGUGGUGGUGGUGGCAAUUAUGGUGGUGAUGGCUACAACAAUGCAAGUACUGGCUAUGGAGGCAAUGCCGGUGAUCUUGCUGGAGGCCGUGGCAGUAGCGGCAACUAUUUUGGUGGUCCAACAGAAUUUGCGAGUAGCGGGAGUACUGGUGGAUAUGAGGGGAGUGGAGCUAUGGGUUAUGGUGACAAUAUCAGCCAUCAAAGUGGCAGCCCUUCCACAACUGGUCCUGAACAAAAUGACCAUUUUGGUGGCAAUUUCAGAGAUGAUGAUGACCAACCUGAUGAUUAUGCCAACAGGCAAGGUUGAGGAGGGCACAAUAUAUCCUAAGGGCAGACCCAUUUGCCAUAAUAAUUUUGAACAAUUUGUGCAACUAUUCACCGUAAUAUUUUCUUUCUUUAUAUUUGCCUAGUCUUUGGAAAGUGAACCAAGUUUGAUUAUGUUCACAUCUAUUGAAGUGUGUAGGAUGUUAAGUUUCCGUUGCUUUUUUGUGGUUCCUUUGCACUUCAAUGAAUUGCUUACAGGUUUAAUGUUUAAUCAAGUGAGAUUGAGUCUGCA